AUGACCCUGGAAACACCACGGCCGUCGCUAUCCCCGUCGCCAGCGCCAGCAAACGAUCUCUUUAGACCAUACUACAAAUCACACCGACACAUCAGCCAUGAAGACGCACUACACAGCCCAGACGUGUUUUCAUCCUACAAAUCAUACUCAUCUCCACACUACACGAUACAACAAGAGCAGUUUGAUGCCGAAUCAGUGGGUCUAAAAAACAGAUUCGAGACCUUUGCACAGACGCAAGUUGACUUCGCUCCACCCAAACAUUACUACACAGUCGAAGAACUUCCAGGGCUACUCAUAUACCCCAACCUGAUGCCUCCAGCAGUCCAGUCACGCCUGGUGACAGAGACUAUCGAGCAGUACCUACCACCAAAAGAACAUCUCAAUAACCUGGACUUGUUCUACGACAUUCCGCGGCCUUUCAACCUAUUCAACAACGAAAAUCCUCACGCCAAAAUACUACAUAGAGAAGGAGGAAAGCCCACAUCAAGAGACAAGAUCAAGAACAAACAGUUACGAUGGGUCACCCUCGGAGGACAGUACAACUGGACUACAAAAGCGUACCCGAGCUUUAUUCCCGGCACAGAAGGGUUCCCAUAUUUUCCCAAGAACCUCUACGAGCUUCUGAGCCGUCCUUUGUUCUCUAUAAACCCCGAAGCUGCUAUCAUCAACUUCUACAGUCCCGGAGACAUUCUCUCUCCUCACCAAGACGUAGCUGAACUGUCUCAAGACGACCUGGUCAGUGUGUCAAUAGGCUUGGACGCAAUUUUUUACGUGGGUCUCAACCGAUACGAUGACAGCGAAAACAGUCUGGCUCCUCCUCUCUGUCUCAUGCUGAGGUCUGGAGAUGUCAUUGUUAUGGGCGGCAAGUCGAGACAUGCGUACCAUGGCAUUGGAAAGGUGUUUUCAAACACUUCUCCCGAUUUGAAUAGUCCGUACCAGGACUGGCUGGACACAAAGAGGGUGAAUAUCAAUGUUCGGCAGAUGCUACAGUGA